AUGAGUUCAUCAUCUCCCAUAUCGUUGACCAGUUCCUUGGCUAAGCUGCGCCUCCUAUUCGCCAUCGUAGAAAACGGCAACGAAAAUGAUGAUGGAGAUUUGACGUGGAGAAGGAUCAAAUGUCCCAUACGACAUGAUGUUAAGAGUGAUGGGGUAUGCAUCAAUGGGGUUUUGUAUUACUUGGGUGAUACGUCAGAUUGUUGUAAUGAUGCUCAUGUUGUGACGUCUGAUUAUAUGAUAGUAUGCUUUGAUGUUAGGUCUGAAAAGUUCAACUUUAUUGAGGUAGAAAGGUUUUGUCGAUUGAUUAACUAUAAGGGCAAAUUAGCUGUGAUCUAUUGGGAGGAUGAUGAAGACAUUGAUCAAGAUAUUGAUGAGUAUUUGGAGGAAAAUCUCGACGUUGAUGCCACUAAUGAGUUGCGUGUGUUCUUCCGUCGUCAGGUUUCCAUCGCUGGUGCGACUGCUUCAGGUGAAAUAGUGUUUUCGACGUGCAAGUAUACAUCUAAACAACAACCGUUUUAUGUUUUCUACUUCAAUCCCGAAACGAAGACUCUCCAACGUGUUGAAAUCCAAGGUUUUGGUGAAGCGUUCAAGAAACCUUGUAGUGUUUGCACCUUUGUAAACCACGUAGAGGAUCUUGAUCUUAACGAUUUAGAAGUACUCAAGUCAGUCCAUCCUUCACUGGAGAAGGCAGAAUAUGUAGAAGAUUCAGAAUCAGACUGA